AUGACUGCACAGUCGAUCAAGAAAGGCGUCUGUGAUGCACUCGCCAACGUCGAAGUGUCUGGUUCAUUUGCCUGCUUUCAUGUUCUAGACUCCUUUCCCAAUCCUGCCCUAUUCAUCCGCGGCCUGGGCACCAUUGGCUUGCCAUUAUCCGUGCGAGAUGCACAAGCAAUUGCAAGCUCAUCAGUCACGCAGCAGAGCCCGUUCGGCAAAGGUUCCCAGACCUUGGUCGAUACCUCAGUCCGGAAAUCAUGGCAGAUCGAUCCCGCCUACUUUCACCUCCGCAAUCCUAGACUCGGUCAUCACGUCGGACGCGUUGUCGAGACGGUAGCCAAAGAGCUCAACGUGGCUUGUGGUCCGCGCCAUGUGCGUGCUGAGCUCUACAAAUUGCUAUUGUACGAAGAAGGCGCUUUCUUCCUUCCACAUCAGGAUGGAGAAAAAGUCAAGGGAAUGUUCGGAACCCUUAUGAUUUGCUUGCCUUCUCAGCACAGCGGUGGCGAAAUCCAUCUCUCGCAUGAAGGCAAGCGUCAGAUAAUCAGCACAUCCGAGACCUCGGAUUUUGAAUACUCAUAUGCGGCGUGGUAUUCUGAUGUCACUCACGAAGUCAAGCCAGUCACUGGCGGAUAUCGACUUGUUCUCAUAUACAAUCUCGUACAGACCAGUUCUGGACCCACUGCCACCGCCUCCGCCAGCACCGACUCAAAAAGCAAACUGAAAAGCGUUCUCUCACAGUGGAGUGCCGUGUGCAAUCAAGAGAAUCCUGAUAUUCCUCGCAUGCUGGCCUACAAGCUCUCCUACAAGUAUUCAAAGUCAAGUUUGAGCUUUGAAGCCUUGAAAGGUAGCGACCAUGUUAAGUUUCGGUAUCUCCUCGACGCUUGCAAUGAUCAAAACUUCCUCGUCUACCUUGCUCACAUCGAAAAAGAAGUUACUGGUGGAUGCGAUGAGAGCGAAUAUUGGGACCGUUGUGGUGGCGGCGGUUACUAUGGAUACGACGAAGAUUCAGCUGAUGAGGACACGGAGGAAGAGGACCAAAGUUAUAGGACUAAAGCUUCGAUCAAAGAUAAAAAGGAUCUAGGUGGUUGCCACGAGAUCAUCGACCUUGUCGAUUCUUCGAUUCAGCUUACACGAGUCAUCGAUCGAAAUCGUAAAGAAAUUGCCAAAACCGUGGACUUCGAUGUUGAAGAUAUUGCCCAAGGGGAUAUCUUCGAGCGUGCUCCCGAUGGAGAGGACUUCACCGGCUACACUGGAAAUGAAGGGGUCUCGACAACACACUUCUAUCAUGAUACCGUGGUCUUGUUACUUCCUCAAACAUGUCGUGUCGACUUGAUGUACAAAGCAGCAAAAGAAGAUCCUGAUCGUAUCCUGAGUUGGAUGAAGCGGCUUCGAGAAGACCACGGCACCACUUCAGAUGCUUCUAAAAGACUUGAGCUGGAAAGACUUUGCCAUCUUGUACUUCAACAGGAAAGAAAGACUUCGUCAGAAAGAUUCUCGUGCUUAAGCACAUAUAUUGAAUCGACUGAACUCCUGGAAGGGGUCGCCUCUGCCGCUUUGAAACUAGAUAACGUACCACUUUUAGAGGAAGCUCUUGGACUGCAGAGAGGAGAACCGUCGGUAGAAAUGUUCGGAAUCAUUGGGGGGGCCAUCCCGAGGCUUGGAUUCGAGACCCUGAAGCCAGCUCUCGAAACCGCCUUCAGGCGUAUCAAGCAUAUCGAUUCCAAGCGGUCUGCAUUGCUUCACUUAGCUGGUGAGCCAUCGUCUGCUUCAGGGAAGACUUCUGAUAUGGAAGCAAGUGCGGUUAAAGGUUGGGUCAGAGCCCAAAUGGAGUCCAUCUUUCUAUCAUGCUCAAGCGUAACGCCAAAGGAUGGUACUGCGUUGGCAGAAGUGGCAGAUGAAUUUGGCGCUAAAAUGCUAGAACAGCGCAUUGUACCCUUUGUUGAAGCAAAAUCGGAUCACACAUCAUUUGCCAUGGCAUUCCUUAUCCGUCUCUUCGAGCUGCGGGGGCGUCAGGUUCCAGUGAGCACCGUGGCCGAAACAUACAGAAGAGUCAUUGAGAAAGUCAUCACACAAUUUGAUUGGGGAGCCUCUGAGGAAAGACUGCCAAUUUUUUAUCCCGUGUCUGGAGAUGUCAUAAUGCAAACGUUGCAGCAGUGUGAGGUGCUCUCGCUCAGUAACGCAAUUUGCAAUCUAUUCCAUCAAAUCCAACAUUCUGCUCUGAAUGCACGAACAGAUGUUUUUGGAAGCCUUCUGUUGCCGUAUAUUGAGCUCCUGCUAACACAUUUGCGGAAAGGAGGUUCAUGCUUUAUGCUCAGUAACGACUGCCGUGAGCAUGUACACCUGAUCUUGCAAGCGUACAUCAUUCGGUACAUUGGGCCAGAGCCUCGAAGACCUACAGACUGGUCUCGUCCAACGAGGACUGUCAGAUGCAGCUGUCGGGACUGUCUCGAUCUCAAGGCUUUCGUAAAAGACAGCAUCCGUGAAACGUGCGAGUUUCGGAUUAUACAGGCUCGGAGAAAACACCUGGAGAAGCAGCUUCCGCGGACAGGUUAUCGAUGUCAGACCAUCACUUCUGGAUCACCGCAUGCACUUGUCAUAACGAAGGUCCACGAGCAAUAUGUACAAGAGCACUCACAGUGGCAGAAUCGGUUUGAUUUUGCCAAGAAGCAUAUCAGAAACCUCGACAGCAAUCCGUGGCUGAAACACUUACUCGGUGAUAAGCAUGACGAGAUUCUAAACUUGAAAAUCACGGACCGGCCUUUGUCUAUGCUCAGCCCACAGCUACACAACAACAACAAGAGCGAGUUGGGCCAACACUUCGCCGGCAACAAAAGAAAGGAACCGGAGCACAAUGGUCACGAAGCAGCUGAUCCAACCAAACGUACCAAACUCAAUAUUGUCGAUUUGACCGCAGAUUAA